GUGCAAUGAUGGUGGAGAAGUUGAAUGGGAGAGGACAACAUGAGAUGAUGAGAUGUCAUUGUCCUGGUGCAAAUCUCUUGAGCCUUUAACUAUUCAUGGGGGACAGGAGAAUAACAGCUUUCGGCAUUGCUACUAUUCUUUCUUUGUGCCUGAGGGUUGAAGAAAAAAAGUUGUUUUUUGUUAUUGUUGGAGCAUUUGGUCUUCCUGCCCUUUUUUCCUUCAUCAAGCUGCAGACUUUUUCUAAGGAAAUCUAAGGAACCUUUUCACUGCUUGUCACAUCAAAAUGGAUUAUUCCAAAUUCCUGUCUGAUAUAAGUGCAGCAAGGAAACCAAACGUUGCAAGACUUUCAAAUGAACUGGAAAAGAAGAUGACAGCGUCUACCGUCAUCAUGUUGAGUGGGGGUAUGCCAAACCCUAACUAUUUCCCAAUGAAAACAGCAACUAUAACCCUCAAUGAUGGAAGCACCAUUGAAAUUGGAGAACAACUGAUGAAGAGAGCUCUUCAGUACAGUGCUACAGAGGGAAUGCACAACUUAUUGUCUUGGUUCAGAGACUUGCAAAUGAAGCUCCACAACCCACCAACAGCGACGUAUGCUCCUGAGAAAGGACAAAUGAAGAUAUGUCUCACUUCAGGCAGCCAGGAUGGCCUUACUAAAGCGUUUGAUAUGCUCAUCAACCCAGGCGACAACGUCCUUGUAGAGGAGCCGAACUUCCACGGGGCAAUGUUAGCACUAAAAGCCUUGAGAUGUAACAUCAUCAAAGUACCUAGUGAUGAACAUGGCAUCAUUCCCAAAGGCUUGAAGGAGAUUCUUUCCAGGUGGAAAUCAGACAAUGUGCAUAAGCUCACGGACAAGCCCCCUAAGUUCCUGUACAGUGUUCCUAAUGGUGGCAAUCCUUCUGGGAGCUCCCUGACAGCGGAACGCAAAAAAGAGAUUUACCAGCUUGCCCACGAAUACAACUUUCUUAUAAUAGAAGAUGAUCCAUACUAUUUCAUCCAGUUUCAGAAGACUAAAGCGCCAUCAUUUCUUUCAAUGGAUGUUGAUGGUCGAGUCAUCAGAGGUGAUUCAUUCUCUAAAAUUAUCUCUUCCGGGUUGAGAAUAGGCUUUAUAACAGGACCUGCACCUUUUAUAGACAAGAUUGUUCUACAUACUCAGGCCUCAACAAUGCAACCCAACACUUUUGCACAGGUCAUCGUAAUGGAACUUCUUGAGAAGUGGGGGCAAAAGGGUUUUCUGGAUAAUGCAGACCGAGUGGCAGAGUUCUACAAAAAACAGCGCGACGCGAUGCUUGCUGCAGCAGACAAAUGGCUGACAGGUUUAGCAGAGUGGCAUGCUCCUAAUGCUGGACUAUUUUUGUGGAUUAAAAUUAAGGGGGUUUCAGAUACAUUCCAGAUGGUCAUGGAAAAAGCACUGGAAAAGGGGGUGUCUUUACUUCCUGGGAAACCUUAUAUGAUUGAUCCCUCAGAACCAUCCCCUCAUGUCAGAGUUUCCUACUCUUUUGCUACUCCAGAUGAAAUGGACCGGGGUUUCCAGAUACUGGCUGAACUUAUAAAGGAAGAAACUGCUUGAUACUUACGGCGAACUAGCUUUUACCAAAAUCUUCACUGGCUAAUAUUCAAAACUGUGCCUCUAAUUUCACAGAAUGAGCUGUUAAAUAAAUCAUUGAUUAUA